AUGAGCGUUUCAUCUUGUGGAAUGGACUUAAUUUUUAUAAACAAAUAUGUUCUGUUUCCUGUUCUUUCUGAAUGUAUUCUCUUCCGGCUUCUCAAAGGACUUGCUCUAAUGAUGAAUCCGAAAAUCUACAAUACAAAAGGUUUAGUACAAGAAAGGCCAGUGGUAAUAUUCAGUAAGACCAACUGUCCGGUAAGCCACUCUAUGAUACAGCUCAUCAGUGGCUUCGGUUCUAACCCUACUGUAUAUGAACUCGAUCAAUUGCCAAAUAGUCGAGAUAUUUCGAGAGGUUUACAGAUGAUGGGUUGCAAACCGGGUGAACCAUGUAUCUUCAUUGGUGGAACUUGUGUUGGAGGACCCAAUGACGUGCUCAGCCUUCAGGUGCAAGGGAGACUUGCACAGAUGCUUAUGGAUGCCGGAGCUAUUUGGCUCUGGAACGGAAACUAG